AAAAAAAAAAAAAAAAAAAAAAGGGCGAUUUUCGAAGAACCAUCCGAGGGUUGAAAUCACCGCUUCAUCCAUUGACCUAAAGAGUCUUCAAUCCUUCAUCAAAUUCAUCUUCGCCCCUCAGUUUGCCACGUCUUUCCGCCGAUCUUUCUCAACCUCCCCGUUCCCCGAUCUUCGAUUCUCUCUCAAUUUCCUUUCAAAAAGAUCUCCCAAGAUGGAAAGAUCCAUGGAGAUCAAGGUCGUCUCCGCCGGAGACCUCAACAACGUCAAUCUCCUCACCAAAAUGGACGUCUACGCCGUCGUCAAGCUCCUCACCGCCGACGCCUCCGGCAAGUUCAUCCCCAAAUCCGCCCAGAAAUUCAAAACUCCCGUUGACAAAGAAGGCGGCAGCCACCCGAUAUGGAAUUUCUCUGUGAAAUUCGCGAUCGAUGAGGCCGCCGCUAGGGCAAACCGUCUCACCCUAGUUUUCAAGCUUCGAUGUCAACGGAAUCUCGGCGAUAGAGAUAUCGGCGAGGUCUACGUUCCGGUGAAGGAGCUUCUAGAUUCCACCGGUGACGGCAAAGGCGAUUCGAUGCAACAUCUUAGUUAUCAGGUGAGGAAACCGUCUGGAAAUCCCCAGGGGGUCUUGAAUUUCGCUUUUAAAUUUGGGGAUAAUCUGUCCUUUGGUCCAAUUAAACCGGAUUCUGUUCAAACAUCCAACCCGGUUUCCGCCGCCUACCCACCAGAGUCGAGUUCGCUCGCCGUCGCUCACGGUGGGGCUCAUCCUCUACCGCCGACGCCUCCUCCUCAACCGGAACCUUAUCGUCCGCCCUCAAAUUUGUACCCGGUCCUUCCGCCGCAGGAGGCGUUGCCGCAGAUUGGAUAUAGUGCAUACCCACAACCGCCGGCGACAGGAUACAGAACAUACUCGCCGGCAACAUCGUACGACUUAUACGUGCAGGCACCAACCUACAGCGUGUACGCGCCGGCGCCGUUUCAACAACCAGUGUAUGCAUACAAUCAACCACCGCCGCCACCGGCCGCAUAUGGAUACCAACCGCCGCCAACGUUCGGAUAUCCGGCAGCCCCGUCAUAUUAUCCACCGCCGCCGACGAACAAGAAUAACAACAGGGGAUUAGGAUUAGGAGCUGGAUUGGUCGGAGGGAUGUUGGGAGGGAUUUUGAUCGGAGAUAUGGUGUCGGACGCCGCCGACGGCGGAUUCGGUGAUUCCGGUGGAUUUGACUUUUGAAUAAAAUCACGUCAUUCUAUGCUUCAUUUUGAUACCUCCAAGAAUGCUUCCCAUUUUGGUUUGUAGAAAAUUCAACUCCUUGACUUUCAAAUAUCAAGAACAUGAAUUUGUGACUU